AUGGAAAGUUUCAACGGAAGCAGCAGUUCCAACUCCGUUGAUGAAAAGCCGGUGGACUUCAUUUUCAAGGUGGUUAAAGCAGCGUUUGUGACCUUAGUGGCAUUGACUGGAAUCGUAGGUAAUAUCACCAACACAAUCGUCAUCCCAAGAGUUCCUGAUACAACUCUUGGUCCUGCGAGCAAGGUGGUCCUCACAGCCCUGGCCAUAGCCGAUCUCAUCGGUGCGAUCAUGCUUUUGAAUGGACCCUUGUCGAUAUUCACCUACGAAUGGCUCUCGAAGGAUGGUAACACGUACUGUGACAUAACGGGUUUCAUCACGACUUUGGCUCCGGCAACCAGUGCUUCUUUUCUUUUCCUGAUUAACCUUGAUCGUUACAUACAAAUCACCCGACCGUUAACCUAUCAAGUUCUUGUCACCAGAAGGAGGGCCAUUGUAGCCGUGGCAAUAUCAGCAUUCUAUAUCUUGAUAUUUCUUUCAUUCUUCGUAGGAAUAGCUGAUGACUCCAUUGACCAUAUCGCUUAUCAUCUUGGAUUUUCGUUGUGUCUCGUCUCUUUUUCCGCUCCUGAAUUUCUGCCGAGCACGAUUGGAAGUUUUUCCGUGAGCGUCUGGCUAAUCGCCUUCCUGCUCCUCGUCAUGUAUGCUAGGAUUUUCCAAAUUGCCAUUCGCCAUUCGGAGAAGAUAAGGGCUCAGAUAAACAGCACUGCUCGUCUGAGGGACGUAUUGGCCGCUCAAGGCAACGACGUGGUUGAUCAUAUUGACGGCCUGGAACAUGGAGCCUCGAGGAUGGGAGACGUCAUCAAUCAGCUGGAUGUCAACCUGAACAGUGUGGCUUGUCGAAAAAGAGACAAUGUCCGCAAAGCGAGGCGUGACCAUGAAGGAAUUCAACGAAACAUCCGCAGCAUGUGCAUACCCCUUAUCAUCACCGGAUGCUUUCUUGUGUCUUGGUUGCCACUUACGGUGUUGUUUACCUUUGCGUCCGCGACUGGCGCCACAUUUGGUGACACGACAUGGUGGACUUCGGCCGUCUUGGCUGCCUCAAACUGCAGCAUCAACAUGUUUGUGUACGCCUUUGGAAGAAAAGAGUACAGAAAGGCCUUUCGUAAGGUCUUCUGCAAGACAUUCGUGAAGUAG